CACGCCAUUCUCUCCCCUCAAUCUUUCUCUGGACAGCUGCGAGCACGCAACUACACGGGCAACCCCGCGGUGUCGCCCUUCAGCAGUCCUCGCCGCCGGUAUGUUGCAUCCCACCGUGGCGGCCGCCGUCGCCGGCGAUCCGCAGCCCGAUGUGCCGUUCCGGGUGAAGCCGGACCACCUGCACCGGACCUGGGCCAAGACGUUUGCCUCACGGCCGGAGCUCUACAUCCAGCCCGAGUCGCUCGACGAGAUUGAGAAGGUUACGAGGCUCGCGGCCAAGUGCCGCCGGCGUGUGACCACCACGGGCAGCGGCCACUCGCCGAGCUCGCUCACCUGCACCUCGUCCUGGCUCGUCAACCUUGACCGCUACAACCGCAUCCUGUCCCUCGACAAGGAGACCAACGUCGUCAUCAUGCAGUCGGGCAUCCGCCUCUUCCAGCUGUGCGAGGAGCUCGACAAGCAGGGCCUCGCCAUGCCCAACCUCGGCAGUAUCAACGAGCAGUCCAUCGCCGGCGUCAUCUCCACCGGCACCCACGGCUCGAGCCUGCGCCACGGCCUCGUGUCUGAGGACAUCCUCGCUCUGCGCGUCACCAUGGCCAACGGCACCACCCGGUACUGCUCCUCCGAGGACGACCCAGAGCUGUUCCGGGCUGCCCUGCUGUCCCUGGGUGCCGUCGGCAUCAUCACCGAGGUCACCUUCCGCGCCGUGCCGGCGUAUACCCUGCGGUGGCAGCAGGUUGUCGACACGGACCUGAGCAUGUUCAACCGCUGGGACAAGGACCUGUGGACGCACGCAGAGUUUGUCCGGGUCUGGUGGUUCCCCUAUACCCGCCGGGCUGUCACCUGGUCGGCCUCCAAGACGGACGAGCCGCGCCACGACCCGCCCGUCUCGUACUACGACCGCCAGCUGGGCUACUACGUUUACCACAACCUCCUCUACCUUGGCCACUGGUUCCCGCGGGUGCUGCCGUGGGUCGAGUGGUUCGUCUUUGGCAUGCAGUACGGCUUCCGCAACGGCACCAAGUCGCAGGCCGUCCAGCAGGGCACCAAGGCCCUGCUCAUGAACUGCCUCUACUCGCAGUUUGUCAACGAGUGGGCCAUUCCCCUCGCAAAGGGCCCCGAGUUCAUCCGGCGCAUGAGCAGCUGGCUGAACCACCUCACACCCAAGGACCCGGACUAUGUGCCGCACGGCAUCCCCUUCUCUGCCAAGGGCCUCUACGUGCACGCGCCCGUCGAAGUCCGCGUGUCCAACACCUCGCCCUCCAAUCCCAAGGACAUUGCGCCCAACAGCCGGCCCCUCCUCGACCCGACCUGCGAGGACGGGCCGACGCUGUACCUCAACGCGACGCUCUACCGGCCCUACCACACCGACCCGCCGUGCCGGGCGCGCUACUACGAGGCCUUUGAGUGGCUGAUGCGCGAGAUGGGCGGGCGUCCGCACUGGGCCAAGAACUUUGACUCGAACAGCGCCGAGAUUGAGCAGAUGUACGGGGAAGACCUCGAGACGUGGCGCAAGGUCCGCGAGAGCGUCGACCCGGACGGCAUGUUUGUCGGGCCCUGGCACCGGCACCACGUCAUGCCGGCCGGCACGCCGCUGCUGCCCUUUGAGGAGGUCGAGAUCAGGACCGAGGAUAUGGAGGACGGGGGCGUGCUGAUCGAGAGCUCCAUCACGCGCGCAGCUCGUUGACAGCCAUGGCAAGCCCUUCCAAGGUUGUAGUGGAAAAGCGAGGUUUGGGCCAAACUUGUCCAGCAGCUGUGAUAUUAGUCCUGGCCUUGGAAAAAGCGAGAUGCGUAUCAUCUACAUGUAGAAAGCCAACCGCUCUGGCCAAUCGACAUCAGUGUCAUGCCGGCGGCGGCGGUAUGGCGCCACCCCACCACAAAAUCGUAAAAUCACCUUCAAAAGCAACGAAAGAGUAUUUGUUGAAUCGCGU